AUGGAUAUAAUUCAAGGUUUUAUUCAACCACAGAAACCACAAACUGUGGAUGAAACAAUCCCAACCCUAUGCGAUAGAGCUGAAAAUGCUACUUUAAUAAAUGAUAGACGAUCUGCGAUUCUUGGGAUCAAAGCCUUUAGUAGACAAUAUAGAGAAACAGUUAUUGCAUCAGGAUUAAAACCACUGUUAAAUACUUUAAAAAAGGAUCAUGAAGAUGAAAAAAUGAUAAAAGCAAUUUUAGAAACCUUAUUAAUUUUAUUUAUCAGAGGUGAUGGAAGUGAUGACUUGACAAGAAACUGGAUCUCUCAACAAUCUAGAUUACAAAAUGGAAAAUACCCUUCUCCUUUGGUAAUGAAAACAGAAAAACAAUCGGUUGAUCAAUUCUCUAUAUGGAUAACUGACGCCUUGAUCCAAGAUGAACCUCUUGUUCACUUAGUUUUAAAGUUUUUAGAGAUAGAAGAUUUUCACAUUAGACUUUACACUGUUCAAUUGCUGGAGGCUUUAUUAGUUACAAGACCGCUAAAGGCCAAGAGUGUUAUUGUAACCCUUCCUACCAGUAUAUCUAUUCUUGUUUCUUUGUUAAAUGAUAUACAUGAGCCUGUUAGAGAUGAAGCUAUUCUGCUACUAAUGGCAGUUGUUAAUGAUUCACCACAUGUCCAAAAAUUAGUUGCAUUUGAAGAUAUAUUUGAAAAGUUGUUUUCCAUAAUCAAGGAAGAAGGCGGUCUCAGAGGUUCCUUGAUUGUUAAUGAUUGUCUUUCUUUAAUUAAUAACAUUUUAAAGUAUAAUACAUCCAAUCAAGAAUUAUUCAUCCAAAGCGGAAAUCUUUCCAAAUUAGGAGAAGUUCUUAAUGAACCAUUGGUACCAAACGAAGAAUUUUUUUGGAAUGAUCAAAGAAUAAUCAACAUUAAUACAUCAUUAGACAUUGUCUCACUGCUCGUUGAUCCAGAUAGUUCUGCAACGUCUCAUCAUCAGUUAGCUUUGUUAGAAACUGGAAUUUUAAUAACUGUAUUGCGCUUAGUCUUUUAUUACAACACUCCAAGAAAAACUAGGCCUAUAGCAUUGAUAACUGCAGCUGAUUUAAUCAGAAAUAAUGAAAAAAUCCAAAACGAGUUUGCAAAAAUUGAUGUACCAUAUUUAGACCCUACAAUAGCUACUCCGGUAGAAAAUGAAAGUCUAGAACUUGUUCCAGUAGUUAAUAUACUAUUGAAUUGGACAUUCUAUGCUAAUUCUGUCCAUACAUUCGAUGUAAGAGUUGCUUCAAAUGAAUUACUAAAGGCAUAUCUCAGUGGUAGUUCUACUAUUCAACACAAUUUCCUAACUUCUCAAAUUAACAUAUAUAAUAAACACAUAGUUUCUGUGGACAACUCUAAUUUCGAUAAUGAAGAAACAGCAAAAUAUAAUAAAAAUGACAAUUUGUCACAUAUCAACUUACCUCAUGUAAAAUCUAAUAUUUUCGAAAUAUUAUUAUUAUAUGACCCUGAUCUGAGUUUAAAUCCCUACAAAGUUUUUUUUGCAACCGAUAUAUUGAUGUAUCUAUUUCAAUUAAAAAAUGAUAGUGAAAUGGAAUUGAGAGCAUUGAUUCGUGGGGUCAAAACUGAAAAUAGUAUAGAAAAUGACGAACCCCUUAAUGUUAUUCAGACAAUUGUUGAUUUAUUACUGACUACACUUGAUUUACAAGAUGUUCGCAUUCCAAUCUUUUAUAUUUCGUUCUUAGUUUUCUGGUUAUAUGGCGAUUUAAAUGCUGUGAAUGAUUUUUUAUAUAACAGAUCAACUCUAGAAUCAUUAUUAACAUUUUCAUAUCAAAUCCAGGAUGAAGAUAUUACAACGAAAUGUCUAGUAACAAUUCUUUUGGGUAUUGCUUAUGAAUUUUCUUCUAAAAGUUCUCCUUAUCCACGAAAAGAAUACUUUGAAUAUAUCUCAAAGAGAAUCGGUAAAGAUAACUACCAAUCAAGAGUUAAGCAGUUUAAAGAGAAAUCCUUAUUCACAAAGACCGAAAAUAAAUCUGAUCUUUUUAAUAUAUCCCUAGAUGACACUGGUUUACCACAGUUAUAUUUUAGUCCAUAUUUUGUAACCAUGUUUAAUGAAAAUUUGUACAGGAUAAAAACUUCAUUGUCUCAUAGUCCAGAUGAGGAACCCAUUGCUAAGUUAUCGUUUGAAAUGUUUGAAGAGUUGCAGGAAAAGUGUAACGUCUUAAGCAAUGAGAUUCAAACUAUUAAAUCUGAUAAUUCAAAAAUAACUUCUGAACUUAAGACAAAACUAGAAGAACUUUCUAAAGAACAUGAGAAUGUUGAGAGUGAAUUUGAAAAGCUCUCCGAAGAACAUAAGAAUCUUAGUGAAAAUUAUACUACCAUCGAAAAGAAAUUCAACAAAACCUCCAAAGAUUUAAAGUCAACGACAGAAGAAAGAGAUAAAUUAAAAAAAUUAGAAGAAGAGUUAUCUGAUACAUUACAAUCCAAAACCAUCGAAUUCAAAACGUUGGAGGAAAAAAUAGACUCUUUAAGAACUAAAUUACAAGAUAUAACUUCAAAAAAAGACAAAGCUGAAGAUGGUAUUAAUAAAAUGAGUCGUGAUUUAAUAAAUUUAAAUAAAGAAAAAAUAUCCCUUGAAGAAAAAUUAAAACAACAAGAGAAGGAGACAACUAAGAAGAUGAAAAAUUUACAGAAUGAAAAUGAAAGGAUGAUCAAGGCCAAAAAUAAUUUACAGGAAACUAUCACAAAACUCAAGAAACAACAAGAAGAAAUUUUAAAACAAAAAGAUAGUCUUGAAAUAGCUAAGAAUGAUAUCACACAUGAACUUAAUGACUGGAAAUCAAAAUUUUCCAGCCAUGAGGGAUUGAUUACUAAGUUAACGGACAAACUUAAAUCAUUAGCUAAUAGUUAUAAAGAACUUCAAGCUGAAAAUACUAAGUUAGAAGAUUCAUUAACAAAUACUAGUCAAAAACUUCAAGAUACAUCUAUGAGUUAUGAUGAUCAAAUUAACUGCCUAAAUAAAGAAAAAGCACAGUUAUUAAAAGAAAAAGAAGAGCUAUCCAUAAGCAUUGCCAGUCUUGAAAAUCAAUUAAAGGAAAAUGUGGAAAUACACUCAAAAGAAAUGGAAUCUCUUACAACUUCGAAACAAAAUAUGCAAGACGAAAUUGAGAUUUUAUUAAAAGAUAAUACCGAUUUAGAACAAGAAAGGGAUAAUUAUAAAGAAUCUGUUUCAGCACUUAAUGAAAAAUUACAAUGGUUUAAAGAAGAGCAGAAAAAAAAUGAAGAACUUAUUUCCAAUAUUGAAAGUAAAACGAAAAAAACUUUAAGCGACUGUAAAGAAAAAGAAGAGCAAGUUAGACAAUUAAAAGAGGACAAAAACUCAUCAAUGAGACUUUUGAAGGAAAAAGAAGAUCAAAUUAAAGAAUUAACUGAAAAAGUCGAUUCAUGGACUAUAAAUUGCACAUCAAUACAAUCACAUGCUGAUGACUUAGAAAAAAAUAUAAACCAAUUACAGGAACAUAAUGAAGAACUAGAAUCUAGAACUAACAACCUUAAAGAGAAACAAACGAAGCUAGAAGCUAAAACUAGUGAAUUAGAAAAACAAAAAGUAGAACUGCAAUCCAGAAAUGAUGAGCUAGAAAAACAAAUGACUGCAUUAAAAUCUAAAACAAAUAAAUUAGAAGAACAAAAAAAUAUGUUAGAGUCGAGGAGUAAUGAACAAAAAGACCAAGUAAAAGAAUUACGAAAACUUAAAGAUUCCGAUGAAUUAAAAAUAUCUACUUUAGAAAAAACCAUUGAUGAAUUAGAGAAGGAAAAAAUCAACCUUGAUGAUCUGCUUUUGAAAGUAAAAGAAAAAUCAUCGAAAAUAGAAGAGCAAUUAAACUCUUUAGAAAAACAUUCUAACGAAGUGAGUAAACAAUUAAAGAAGGAAAAAGAAGAAAAGCAAGAAACAGAGAAAAAACUUGUUGAAGUUACAAAUAGUUCAGAGGAGUUAAAAAAGACGAAUAUCACACUUAAUGAAACAGUACAAAAACUGGAACAAAAAAUUAAGCAACUUGAAGGAAAUAAGCUUAACACGGAGGCUGAUAUUAAUGCUACUAAAAAAGAGCUAAUGGAUGUUAAGGUACAGUUGGAGGAAACACAAGAAACUUUGGCAAAAGCUAAUAAUAAUAUUGAAGAACAGGAAAUACUAUAUGCUCAGGCAAAAUCAGAGCACAAGUCUGUUAUUAAUGCUCUUAACAAUAAGGAAAUAGAGCUUAACAAGUUACAAAAUGAAAUAGACGAAAAAAACGAUGAACUUAAAAAGUUGACAGAACAAAACUCUGAGUUAACAACGAAAUCAUUGGAAUCUAUGAAUAAACUUAAUGAGUUGCAUAACACUCUAGAAUUGUUCGAAGAACAAUAUCAAAAUUUACAGAAUGAGAAAGUACAAUUGCAAGAUAAUAUCAUCGAAUUAUCAAGAAAGCAAGAAAGUGUAAUUUUAGAAAAAGAUGAAUUAGAAAAGUCAUUAACUAAAAACAAUGAUAAUAUUAGACAAUUAAAAAAAAAACUUACAAUACAUGAAAAGGAAAAUGCUGAAUUAAAAGAAAAGAUCAAAAACCUUGAAAAGGAGAUUAAAGAAAACAAUGAGAAAUUGGCCCAUUCCAAGGAAAAUAUUGAAUCUACUAACAAAGAAAUAGAUAUUAAAAAUGGUACAAUAGCUGAACUAAACAGUUCAAUUAACUCAUUAAAAAGUGAAUUAGAGAAACUUAAAGAAAGUUCUAAUAGUUCGCUACACACAAAAGAUGCAGAACUAAAACAGAAAGAUGCUGCUAUUAAGGAACUGCAAAACUCAUUAGAACAGAACAGUGAAAAAAUCAAAACGAUAGAAAUGCAAUUAAAAACACAGAAAAACGAUUUCGAAUUUAAAAUUAAGAAUCUCAAAUCUCAAAAAAAUGAUGCAUUAAUGUCAGUAGAAUCAUUAAAGAAGUCACUAGAAGGUAAAGCUGGUGCUUUUGAAGAAUUAGACAAAAAUAUUAAAAGCAAGGAGGCAUUAAUCACAAAAUAUCAGGAUGAACUAGAACAAAAAAAACAAAAAUUUGAAAGUGAAAUAGAAAGUUUGAAAACUAACCAUGAAAUUACUCUUAAGGAACAUUCGACUAAAAUAGAGGAAUUGAGUAAUUUAUUAAACAGUGAGAAACAAAAAAUGUUUGACAAGACCAAAGAGUUAGACGAUAUUAACCAAAGCAAUAUUAAUCAACUAAACACUCUUAAAAAUGAACUAAAAGAGAAGGAAGAAGAAAUUAUAGAGGUAAAGAAGGCCAAGGAUACCAUUUUUGGACAACUGCAAGAAUCUAAAUCAAAUGCAGAUGUAAAAAUAAGAGAAUCAGAAAAAGUUUGUACCAACUUAAAAUCUCAAAUUUCCAACUUAGAGGAAGAGAUUAAAUCAAAAGAAAAAGAGCUGGAUGAACUUAAAAAUAAUCAUAAGCUUGAAAGUCAGAAAAAUAUUGAUAAAAUUCACAUAAUUGAAAAAGAGCUAAAACAAUCCAAGGAUAAAGAAAGUAAACUAUUGGAUGAAAAAAAAAUACUUUUAAUCAAUCAUAAAAAGGAAAUUGAUGGAUAUCUUAAAAAUAUUUCAAAACUAAAUGAAAGCAAAACAAUUUUGGAGACCACUACAGGACAACUAGAAAAGGUUAACGAAAAACUAGCUUCAGAAAAAGAAAAUAAUUUAAAAUUACAAGAGAAGAACGAUCAAAUGGAAAAGUCUUUUGAUCAGUUAAUUUCUAAAAACAGGUCUAUCGAAGGAGAACUGGAAGAAUUAUCUAAAAAAUUUGAGAAUGCAAAAAAAGAUAAAGAAACAAUGAAAGAAUCACAGAAAGAAUUGGAUAAGAAGUUGAAAGACUAUACAGAAGAAAUCAACAAAUUAAAAGCUGACUUAACUGAAAGAGAUCAGAGAAUCAAAGAAAUUACAUCCAAAACUGAAUCAUUGAAAAAAGAAUUUGAGAACAAAGAAAAGGAGUUAUCAAAACAUAUUGAGGAAUUAAAGAUUGAACAACAAAAGACAAACGAAAAUAACAAGAAAAAUAUACAUGAUACAGAGGAUAAAUUUAAAGAAAGGAUUAAAAUUCUUCAAAAUGAAAAAGAUAUCUUAAUUAAGAAUCAUAAAGAUUCUUUUAAGAAGUCUGAAUUGGAGAAUAAAGAAAACAUUGAAUCUUUGAAGGACGACAUAGAUAGGCUUCAAAAGAAAAUUAUCACAAUUGAGAAUACAAAUGCAUCUGUUAUGUCAGCUAAAGAUGAUGAAAUACAGAAGAUAAAAUUAACUCUAGAGGCUAAAAUUUCCGAUGAACAAAAGGAAAAAUCGACUGUAGAAGUACAAUUGAGAAGAUUAUUAACUAUCCAAAAAUACAGUUUUAAUGAUAAAAUUCAAAGUAUGAUUAAAGAUUUAAAUGAAUUUCCCGAAAAUCAAAUUCCAUUUGAGAAACUUGUCGAAGAUAUAAUUAUAAAGAUCAAAGAAGAUCAAGAAAACAAAGAAGGACAAUUAUCAGUCGAUCAGUUAUCUGCAAAAUUUAAUAAAGAACAAGUUAGACUUAAAAAUGAAAUCGAUGAGCUUAAAAAGAAAAAUGAGGAAUAUAAGAAACAAGUUAUGGACCAUGCAGAAAUCGAUGAGUUAAUGUUGUUAAUUACAGAACUAGAUGAGAAAAAUUCUAAAUAUCGUGAAAGACUAGAAGAGUUAGGUGUUGAAGUCUCUUCAAAUGAUGAAGAUGAGGGUGAGAGUGAUACUGAUAGUGACGGAAGUGAGAACGAAACAUAA